AUGCAUUUCCCCUGUGAAGAUGAUGCGGAUGACGAUGACGACAACGAAGAUUCCAAUGACGACGACAAUGACGAUGAUAAUAAUGUGAUAGAUGAUGAGGCAUAUAAUAAACAACAACAGCAAUGUCAACCCCAACAACCAACAGCAUCGUCGUCGUCAUGCAUUAGAUAUAUUGCCAGUGAUAGAUUCGAAGGAGAUAUGUGGCCACUUUAUGGAUGGAGUGUAUUCGUAAGGAAUAGCAUGUCUUCACUGGGUGACAUUACCUCGAGUGACAUGCCACUGAUAGUUUGUGAUUAUAGUGAUGAUAAUGAGAUUUCAGAAUUGAUAUAA